UUAAAUACAUUAAUAGGUUAAAUGUGAUAAUCCAACUAGCCAAAAGUGAGGAUAUACAUAGGGUUCACGAGAUUGUCGAAGUUAUAGAGUGUAAACUUUAAUCGUAAAUGUACUGCAGUUGGAUUUGUUAUGUGAAAGGAUUAAGGCAUUAAUGAAAACUAAACCAGAAUGUUGUCAUAACCUAGGACGUUCAUUCAUUGGAACAUUUCUAUAUAUUUUUUGGAACUAUGCAUGUAAUAACAGCACAAAAUACAAAUAAUGACAAACGUUUCCUUUCUGGAAAUCAUUAUACAAGUAACCAUGUUGAAGACGGCAAUAGCGGUAAUGGAUCGGACUCAGACGAAGCCUCACAAGACGACAUCAACGAUUUGACACAUCAUUUUUUGUUGGAAUGUGACGAACACGUUUGUUCCAGAGAUACUUGUAAACGGAUCACCCUAAAUGUUAGUGGCCUAAGAUUUGAGACACAAGUCCGAACACUGAAACGACUGCCAGAAACAUUACUUGGCAACGAUGAAAAACGCAAAAAAUUCUGGGAUCCAAAUAGAGGUGAAUAUUUUUUCGACAGACAUCGACCUAGUUUCCCUGCUAUCUUGUUCUUUUACCAGAGUGGCGGUAGGCUUGUUAGACCUAUGGAGGUUCCUACAGACGUCUUUUUAGGGGAAAUACAGUUUUUUGAAAUGGGGAGAAGUGUAAUAAAUUCGUAUAUGAAAGCUGAAGGAUUCAUAACGGAGACUGAAAAUCAUGUUAUGCCAAAAGGCAGUCUGAGUAAAAAAGUAUGGGAAUUUCUUGAGUAUCCAGAAACAUCUGUAGCUGCUAAAAUCUUUGCAGGUGUUAGUGUAACAUUUAUUGUGCUAUCUACCGUAUCUUUUUGCGUUGAAACGUUACCAAAGUAUAAAAAUGUUGGUUGUAUAAAUGUUACAACGUUGGAUGCCAAUGGAGUAAAGGUGGAAAAGUUAGUUCCUAAUUUUGGCCACCCACUUUCAGUCAUCGAAUCUGUAGUAAUAGCUUGGUUUGUAUUAGAACUGAUACUCCGUUUCAUCUUUUGUCCCUCACGUAUUGCUUUUCUAAAGGAUCUUAUAAACUGGAUUGAUGUUGCAGCCAUUUUUCCAUACUUUGUAUAUCUAUUUAUGUAUGCCGCUUCCGGGAAAUGUAAAGUCGAACAAGAUUCUAUGGCGGUAUUACGUGUUCUUCGUGUUACCAGAAUUCUUAAACUGAGCAAACAUUCGGAAGGACUUCGGAUCCUUGGAAAAACUUUAAAAACAAGUAUGAAAGAAUUAUUUAUGUUUGUACUAUUUUUAGGGAUUGGAGUUAUUAUAUUUUCCGGUGCGAUGUUUUAUGCAGAAGAAUCUAUUGAAAAUACACAAUUCACAAGCAUUCCUGCUACAUUUUGGUGGGCGGUCGUUUCUAUGACAACUGUUGGUUAUGGCGACAUGUAUCCAGAGGGCGUUCUAGGAAAGCUUGUCGGAAGUAUGACUGUGCUGAUGGGACUUCUAGCAAUUGCACUUCCAGUACCUGUUAUUGUUACAAAUUUUAAUAACUUUUACCGAUCUGCUAAAAACAAUUAGCGAGCUUAUUCUUACAAAUGGAGACACUAUGAUCCGGUAAUUAUUCUAGCCCUCGAAUUCGUUUUAACAAAGUAUUAUAAGUCUUUCAAAUAUAUUUCUGUCAAAAUUCACAAUCAGUCUUUCAAAAGUUAGUAUUUUUUUAUUUUUGAUAUUUAUCUUAGGCCCACAAGAUCUUAAAAUUAUUAACAAUUGAUAUAAACAAUCACCUUCCAAAAAAGACAUUUUGCUUCAGGAUAUAGACUUUAAGCAAAUAUAUAUUCCAUAAAUGUGUCUUAUUAUAUCCUUGUUUCAACGUUUUCAAAAGAUUGAUCAAUUUUACUUUUUUUUCUCGCAAUUUCAGGGGUCAAAUGAUGAUGACUCUUACCUCCUUCCUAGAAUUUUAAAUGCAUCUAAAUUUCUAUUUACAUAAUAGUUUAUUAAAAUCGCUCAUUGCUCAACCAAUGCUUAUUUCAUGAAGACUUUCUGUAGUUUCUUUACCAAUAAAAAUGUAAUUUC